AUGGCUGGUCGGUCGGGCGGGGAGAAGAAGGAGGAGGAGGCUCCAGCUUCUCCAUCAGACGGUCCAGAUGCAGACGGCCCGGAUGCAGAGGCUCCAGAUGCAGAGGCUCCGGGUCCAGAAAGUCCGGAUCUGAGCUACUACAUGCAGCCUGAAGAAGAUGAAGACGAGCAGCCGCAAGUACCCGCUGUCGUCGACGCAGACGAGGAGGCACAGGCAAGUCCCGAUCACCCGAAUGAAGAAGGCUCACUCGAUACAGCAGACACUUGGUCAGUCAAGUCGGCCUUCUCCGAUAGCUCCAGCUCGGACGAAGAGGAUGCUGGCGAAGAGCAGUCCGGCGAAGACCAGUCUGCCGUCCAGACGCCGGCGGGGGAGACUGAAGACGCAGAAGACGACCCCUUCGCUGACUUCGACAGCACCACCACCCCACAGAUCGGCCAACAGCCCUUCGACGAGCUCUACGACGACGACGACAACUACGACCCCCAAACACCCGAGUCCGCCCUCCUCCGCGCCGCCGCCCAACGCUCCCCCGAAUCCCUCCAUUCCGGCGCUCUCCUCCCCUUCAAAGGCCUCGGCUACGACGACCCCGCGGGCGGCGCAGUGCUGAGACGGGACGUCGGACACCUACGCCGGGGCCGGUCGACGGCCGCGCCGAGUGGGGAUAGACGGGAGGUCGAGGCGAACAAGCGCAGGAACGGGAUGCCGAGUCGGUUGGCUGCGGAGGGUAGUGAUAGGUUGGCCGCGGAGCGGUAUCGAAUGGAGCUUGGGAUCCUGCGGGAGGACUUCAAGGAGGCGGAGGAGAUGGCGAAUCGAGCGCAGCGGUACAGAGACGAGCGGAACGGGGCAGCGGAGAACCAUGCGUGGGCGCGGAGCGAGCUGCAAAGGGCGUUUGACAAGGCGUCGGAGCUUAAAGGACAGCUGGAGCGGUAUAAAGUGGAGGCGGAGUCGUGGGAGAAGGCGUUCAAGAAGCAGCAGCCGCUUGCGAUGGUGGAGAAGGAGAGGCGGAAGAGGAAGGAGGAGGGGGUGGAGGAGUCGAGGGGGUGCGGGACGCAGACGCAGCAUCCGGCGGAUCUGUCGCUUAGAGGCGUGGCGGAUGCUGAGACCCAGACUCAGUCGCCGGAGGACUUGACGUCGAUCAGACAAGUGGUCGAUGCUGUGGCCAGGGCCAGAAUGCUUCUCGAUGUCCCAUUCGUCCUUCUGGGUCUGGCACGGCUCGAAGUCGCGGAACACAUCGCACGCUGGCUGGACAUGUACGGACAGCAAACAGUCCCGGCUUCUGACUUCGUCGAGCUCGUCGAGCAGAUCGAGACUCUCCUGGCAACAGACGAACUCACUGUCGGCAGCUUCAUCGAUUCACUGAAGGAAGCAGGUUUCAGCUUUGACACCAACAACCUCGCCCACACGAUCGAGACAUGUCUGAGACAAGUCGGCGGCGUGCCGGUCGGUAUAUCUCUCGAGGCCGACGCUGUUGAACGCCUGAACCAGGUAUAUGCUGAGCUCGCCGAGGAGAACAACCUGCCCCAGUCCCAAGUCGAAGAGAUGAAGGAGGAACUUCGCCAGGUGACACAGUGGUGCACCGAGAUGUCGAUCCGGUUGGCCGAGGGCGAGCUCAAGAGCGAAGAUAAGAGCCCGCAACAGGAGUCCAGCAGGCCCACCACCACCAGCCUCGAAGACCUGGAAGGCCUCAUAGAACACGGGCGAGCGCUCGCAGCCGAAUGCCACCGUCUUGAAGAAACCAUCUCGUCGCUCCAGCACCAGAACUCAGACCUGCAACGCAGCAACGACCGUCUCCGCGCUCAAGCCGCCGAGCAAGACGCCGCCCUCGCCACCGCUGACCGGAAGCGUCGCAAACUCAACUCUGAGAAAGCCAAAGUCGACGAAAAGUACACCCGCAUUCGCCAGUGGAUCGUAGACUCAUCAACAAACUCCGAACUGCCCCUGCCAUCGCCCUGCACACCACUGCCGCUCAACCGCAAGCGCAGGCGAGGGGCGCCAUCGUCUCCCCAGCAGCGCUCGUCGAGCGAAGAAUCAGCAGCGAGCGGCGACUGGGAGCGCAAGAGAGUCGAGGAGCUCAAGAACGGCCGUUCCAUGGCGGUCUCCACCCGCACCAGGAGGUGGGACGGAAACAGAUCGUUCCAACCGACGGUGAAUGUGGAUGUAAAGGUCGAGUUCAAGGAGGCCGAGCCCAAGGCUAAAGUGUUGGAGGUCAAGGAGACGGACGACAGCAUGGGGUACUUCUGGCGAGUUAUGAUUGUGGUAUUGCUUUUUCUCGCCUUCGCCCAGCUCGCGGGAUCGAGCUCGAGGGAUUGGCAAAGGAGAUAUGGUUAG